AUGCGGGACAGAAAACAAGACUUAUGUCGGCCGAUGGUGGCUGGGUUCCUCCGUGCAUGUGUUGUGGCCGAGCCCUGCGUGAUAAAAUCGGUCAACUGCGAGGGCUCUACAAGUCUUACCGAUCCGAUCGAUCUGCAAGAUUUCAGUGUUACUGAAAGCACAUAUGCGAACCUCGUGUUUUCCGGAAACGUCCGUAGAGACAUUGAAGAUCGGAAUCUCGGCUUCAGCAUCCGACACCCAGUGAGGGUUGGAUUUCUGACAACUGCGCCUCUCAAAUCCGACGUAGUGAUCAUAGAACUGUGUCUGCCAGUUCCCCACAUGGCAAGCCCUGGGCAAUUCCGCUUGCUUGGGGAUUCCUCAUUGCAAGAUGAGCACAAGUCGAUCCAGGCAUUAAAACAGCUACAAAAUGACAGCUACAAAAAUGGGUAUACGCGCCGGAAGAGUGAGGCUAGACAAAUUGCUUUGGGGACUAGAAGUUGUUUCCAGGUCUGA